AUGUACAUCUUCAACAAGAUGAAGAAGAAGAAGAACAGAGCACCCUGCUUUCCCCUGCCUCCAGGCCCAUGGAAUCUCCCCAUAAUCGGCAACAUCCACCAGCUCGCCUUCUCCUCCUCCACCUCCGGCCCAGUCCACCGCCGCCUCGCCGAACUGGCCCAACACUACGGGCCCAUCAUGCAGCUCAAGCUCGGCGAGACCUACAACGUCGUCGUAUCGUCCCCUGAAUCAGCCCGAGCGUUCCUGAAAACGCACGACCACGAAUUCCCCCUCCGGCCCUACAUGCCGUCCGCCAGCAUCAUCUUCUACGGCGGCAAGGACAUCGUGUUCUCGCCGGUGGGGGAUCACUGGCGGCGGAUGAAGAAGCUCUGCACCACGGAGCUGCUCAGCGAGAAGCGCGUCAGGUCCCUCCGGCCGGUUCGAGAAGAGGAGGUCGGUAAGCUGAUGAAGUUGAUCGGUGGCGAGGCUGGUGGUGGAGGAGCGGUGAACCUUAGCCGGCUGCUGUUCGCCGUUAGCAACAUGAUCACGUCGAGGACGGCGUUCGGGACGAUUCGGGAACUGGAGGGUUCUUUCCUGCCGGUGAUCCAUCAAAUUGUUCAGACGCUUGGUGGGUUCAGCAUCGGCGACAUCUUCCCUUCCAACAGGCUGUUGCGUUUAAUCAGUGGAACAGAGAGACACCUGAAGAAGCUUCACCAAGAGGCAGAUUCCAUCCUCCAAGGAAUAAUUGAUGAGCAUGUGUCGAGAAAGAGGAGAAGAAGAGAAACAGAGGAUCAUGACAUGGCAGAAGGAGCCGAAGAAGAUGAUAAUGACGAUGAUGAUCUAGUUGAUGUGCUCUUGGCUUCCACUAACAACCACGUUGAGGUUAAAGCCGUCAUCUUGACACACACCGUGCAGGACGUAUUUGUGGCUGCGGGUGACAGUUCGCCUAUUGCGGUAGAAUGGACUAUGUCUGAAUUAAUGAAAAAUCCAGAGAAGAUGGAAAAGGUACAGAGAGAGGUGAGACAUUUCUUCGACAAAAGAGGGGAAGGUGCAGUAGUCGAUGAAGCGUUAUUAAAUGAAUUGAAAUAUCUGAAAUCGGUCGUUAAAGAGACUUUCAGAUUACAUCCUCCGGCUGCUUUGUCCCUGCCGCGAGAAGGUCCGGAAACAGUUGUAGUUAACGGGUACCAAAUACCAUCAAGGACGAGGGUGAUUGUCAACUAUUGGGCCAUCGGUCGAGACCCCUCACACUGGACCCAACCAAAUCAAUUUAUACCGGAAAGGUUCCUCGAUACUUGUAUCGACUACAGGGGUUUUGAUUUCCAGCUCCUCCCAUUUGGAUCCGGACGAAGGGUAUGUCCAGGCAUGAACUAUGGGACCGCAGUUGUUUAUAGUUUGCUCGCGAAUUUGCUCUAUCGUUUUAAUUGGGAACUCCCAAACCAAAUCAAACCUCAAGAUCUUGACAUGUCUGAGAAUUUUGGAGGCGCAAUUUCACGAAAAAAGAAUUUAUAUCUCAUUCCCAUCCCUUACCAUGCACCUUAG